AAUUAGAUGAAUUACGUGCUGAAAUGGAAGAGAUGCGGGACAGUUACCUAGAAGAUGAUGUUUACCAGUUACAAGAGCUGCGCAGAGAACUCGAUCAUGCCAACAAAAACUGUCGAAUCCUGCAGUACCGUCUUAGAAAGGCAGAACAGAAAAGCUUGAAAGUUGCUCAGACAGGCCAAUUUGAUGGUGAGCUGUUGAGGAGCGUGGAACAAGAUCUGAAGGUAGCCAAAGAUGUUUCCGUCAGACUUCAUCACGAGCUAGAAAGUGUGGAAGAAAAGCGAGCCAGGGCAGAAGAUGAGAAUGAAAACUUGCGUCAGAAGAUCAUUGAAGUGGAAACAUCCAAGCAGGUGUUGCAGAAUGAAUUGGAGCGACUUAAAGAGAGCUCUACAAAACGAAGAGGUAGCAGAGAGGUAUAUAAAGAUAAAAGGCCAACUCAGGAAGACAGUGCCGAUCUUAAGUGCCAGCUUCAGUUUGCCAAAGAAGAAGCAGUGCUGAUGCGUAAGAAGAUGGCCAAAUUUGGACGAGAGAAAGAAGAACUGGAGCAGGAGCUGCAAAAGUACAAAUCCGUGUAUGGCGAUGUGGACAGCCCAAUGCCAAUAGGAGAGACGGGGGGUCCACCUAGUACCAGAGAGGCUGAGCUAAAGCUUAGACUUAAGUUAGUAGAAGAAGAAGCUAACAUCCUGGGCAGAAAGAUAGUGGAACUAGAAGUGGAAAACAGGGGUCUUAAGGCUGAAACGGAAGAUAUGAGGUGCCAGUAUGAGAGAGAAUGUCUUAGUCGGGACCAUGUUUCAAGCAUUCCUACCUCUCCUUUUGGGGACUCUCCAGAGUCUGCCUCAGAACUGCGACGGCACUUACAGUUUGUAGAAGAGGAGGCGGAGCUUUUGCGAAGGUCAGUCUCUGAGAUUGAGGAUCACAAUAAGCAACUGACCAAUGAACUGAAUAAGUUUAAGUUUGGGUCUGAUCAGGAGUCUAUAUGGGUAGAUGAUGGUAACUUGAAAGUGAAUGGUUCGCUUCAAGAAGAGUUAAAAGCUGCCAGAGUUCAAAUUAAUGAACUGAGUGGUAAGGUCAUGAAGCUUCAAUAUGAAAACCGGGUGCUAAUAUCUAAUGUGCAGCGCUAUGAUCUUGCAUCUCAUCUUGGCCUUCGUACUACAAGCCCCAGGGAUAGUGAUGCUGACAGUGAUGCGGGAAGAAAGGACAGUGAAGAAACCAGGCUUCCUCAGCCAAAGCGAGAAGGACCAGUUGGUGGAGAAAGUGAUUCAGAAGAUGUUUGUGAGAAGUCUUCAGGCUUUGGAAGUGGCAAAGCUUCAGAAUUAAGUGGUAUAUAUUCUGCUGAACUAAUCCGAAAUCGGGACAAUUUAACAUCCUUAGCCAAUAUUAAAACUGAGGCAGAACGCCUUGGAAGAACUGUGGAUCAUCUCAUUACAGACACUGAUAGUCUGAUUUAUGAUGCCAAGCUACAGGCAGCUAAAUUGUCUUCUGAGCAGGGUAUGGUAAGUGAUGCAGAUGUAGGUAAGAAUGAACCUGAACUUUUGAAUGCCAUCAACACAAAGAUGAAAGGUUUUCGUUCAGAGUUGCAGAUUUUCUUGGAGAAGGUUGACCACCUUGGAGAAGGCUUAAAGGAACAAAUGGAGGAUCUUUCUCCAAUGCCUCAGCUUACAGAAUCUUCAAGUUUUUUAUCCACAGGAACUUCAGUAUCAAGAGACUCUCCAGUUGGCAAUCUAGGGAAAGAGGUGACGACAGAUUUCCAGUCCAAACUGAGAGAUCAGACAGAAUGGCAGCUAAGCCAUGAUCUUAGCGAAGAGCAGGAAGGUCAUCGUUUCAGAGCAGGCAUGGACCAAAUCAGGAGAAGUGAUGGAGACAAUAGACACUACAGGCCAGACAGGAGAGAUGGUUUCAGUCUGGAGCUCAGGGACUCCCAUAUAUUUCCUGCACGGAAUGACUCCAUUCAAGAACUUCAAGCUUGCCUUGAACAAGAAAGGAAGCUUCGGAAAGAGGAACAGGAAAAACUGACCAGCAAGAUUUAUCAGCUUGAGGAGGAGCACCAGAAAAGGUUAACAAGGAAGGAAUUUGAGCUGCAGAGCUUGACUUUGCAGAAUAAACUUGAGGAGAAGAGCUGGAGCCAGGAGAAGAGGUUACUGCAUCAGGAAGUCCGGCAGUUCAAGCAGAGCACGUUUCUUCUCUACGUUAAGUUAAAGUGGAUGUUAAAGCACAGAAGACAAGACAAGAACAGAGUGGAGGAUGACGACUUCUUAGAGAUGAAGGAAAACUGGAAAGUUCUGAAUGCUCUGAAGACCCUUUUGGAAGAGUUCCAGAAUGAUCUCCAGAUGGAUGAAAGACACCGGCAUAAACUGCAACAGCAGUGUGCUACUGAGAAGGCUGCUUUGGAGAUGGAGUGCACAGAACUGAAGUGUCGCUUGGAACAGCUUAAGGACAGUGGUGAAAAGCAGUUUGACACUGGUUCUCUGAACUGGAAAGGGACUAUCACUAAGGAACGGGAAGAGCAGAUGAAGCUGCUAGCUGAGAGCCACAGUGCAGUGAUGGAGCUACGCUGGCAACUUCAGCAGAAUGAGAAGCUGUGGAACCAGGAGAAGGUGGACCUGCUGGACAGGUUUGACCGAGAGAGACAGGAAUGGGAGUGGCAGAUAAGAGAGCUGAAGAAGACCAUAGACAAGCUUCAGAAAAGGAGUAGCAUGCAGGGAGGAGAAAAACAUCUGGCUAUUCAAAAAGAGGGCAGUGGACCAUGUUCACCCACUGAGAAUAGCCAUGCAUUUCGUCCUCGGAGUGCCCGCUCUUGGUCAGACUCUGACACUGGACAGUUUGAUGAAGAUGUGAUGCCAACAAGGUUACAAGACAGUGACAGGUGUCGUGGUGCUGAAAACCUCUUUGACAUGUUUUCCCUUGAUUCACUGAAGGAAUGUGAAAGUUCUCAACCCUGUAGGCUAGACAGUGAAAAAUUUUCUUCUGGCUUUAAGGAGGGCUUGCUCGAAACACAAGAUUCGAGGGACUCGUCUGUUUUCAGUGAUGAGGAAUUUCCCAAGGGAAAUCUUCAAAGAGCAGUGUCUGUGACCUCAAUGUCAGACUUCCAGCGCUUAAUGGACAGCUCUCCUUUCCUUCCUGAGAAGGAGUUUGGUGAUGGGGAUGACACAAGUCCACCUUUGUCACCUGACGACUUGAAGUAUAUAGAUGAAUUCCAUAACAAGAAGUGGGGUUACUCCCCAAGGCGCCAAAGCAGACCCAGAGAGGGGCAUUUUGAGGCCUGGCCAGAAAGGACAGAAAAUGAGGAAGUAGUCAAUGUGUCAACUUCAGAUUCAUUCCAAGAAUCCUCAUGGUGUCUUACUACAAGUGUCACCAUGACUACCAGUACAAUUAGCACCCCUGAUACCUGCCAGAAGCAGCCACUGUGGAACAAUAUUGUUUCUGAUAAAACGGGUGUCCGGGUACUUCACAGCCCUCCUCUUAUUAGGAGAUUUGAUAAUCCUGUUUCUGGUAAGGAAAAGAAGAACAUGGUUGAUCCCGACUUCUUGUUUUCUGCGACCAAAACCAAAGGGAAUGUCUGUGAGACAAAAGGUAGCUCUCAGGAUUUGUUUGAAAGGUGGCCUUGUGAACAUGAUAGGCAUAAAGAUCUAUUACAGGGUUCUCUGCACCCCCCAGAGCACCCUAUUUGUAGCUCAGUUGACUUUGCAUCCUCUUUGCAUGAACUUGGCCUGUCUAGGAACAUGAGUGACGAUAUGAAAGAGGCAGCAUUUUCAGUGAGGCAUGCUAUACGUUCUACAUCAGUAGAGCGUCAGUUUAAGGACACAGCUUGCCAGACUAAUGGGGUCAGGACUACUGGGACACAAACUACUCAGACCAUUAAUGUUGGCCUUCAGACAGACAGUUUACGUAGCAUCACCAGCAGUCCACACAAGUGUCUGACGCCAAAAGGAGGCUCUACACCUGCUUCAUCACCAUCAAGGAGCUUACGGAGUAAACAGAUCAUUUCUGGAGUUGAAAAGGUCCAGGGCAAGUUUGAACGGGCAUGCUGUUCCCCCAAGUAUGGCUCUCCAAAACUACAGAGGAAAAUUUCUCUAAAGUCAGAUCAACCAAAUCGGGUUUUGCCCAAUGUGGCACAGAAGGGUUUCAGUGAGUCUGCUUGGGCAAGGUCAACUACCACACGGGAGAGUCCAGUUCACACAACAAUUAAUGAUGGCCUUUCUAGUUUGUUCAAUAUUAUCGAUCACACCCCUGUGGCUUAUGACACUUUUCAGAAGCUUUCUAGGUCGUCCUGCAGAUCUAGGUCAGCUGAACCAAGAUCAAAUUAUGGCGUUGUGCAGGAGUUUCUGAAGAAUGUCCGUGAGAGAUCACCAAGCCCUGUGCGUGUAAAUGUGGUGCCACGAAGAGAAAUGACCGCGGCUUCUGCUGGGCUUAAACAGGAUUUAUCUGCUGCACCAGGGUAUUCCUUUACAGAAAAUGCUGCCAAAAUUCUAAAUAAAAGACUUGUUGAGCAGGCCCUAAUGGAGGAUACAAAACGAUGCCCUCAUGAUCAGAUAACUAGCAAGAAAGACAGAGCAGAAGAAAUGGCUGGAGCCCAGAUCUCAUCUAUUGAGGAGUUGCCAUGUUCCUGUAUAGCUCCACCCUUAGAAUCCUGCUUCUCACGGCCAGAGGCACCAGCAAAUCGAAGGCCACCUUCAAGAUGGGCUUCACAUUCCCCUACUGGUUCCCGUUCGCCUUCAGCUGCAGAUCUAGCUUCAUUUGAGGAUCCACCGAGCACUGAGUCAGCCGAAGUGAAUGAAACGUUUUGCAAAUCAGUAUGAAUGCUUACUGAAGAGUUCAUGGUGAUUUAUCUGACAAAACCAUAUCUGUGAUUGGAAAAUGUCAGUUUGUACACAAAGGGACUGUUUCAGAAGUUGAUUGUAGAGGAUAUGCUGCAGCAAACCCUAUGGAAAUGGGUGCUUCUAAGGUCAAACAUCAAAAAUGUGCCUGCAAAAACUUUUUCUGAAGUAGAAAAAAAAAUUUUCUCCAUUUUUUUCUAGAUCCAAUAUUUAUUAUUAACAGCAAAAAAAAGGAGUGCUCUGUGAUUAAAAUGUACAUAAGCUGUACAAAAUUAAUCUGAAUGCGUUGACAACCCUGAAUGGUCUCUUAGUAUUCUGUUUUGUGUUACAUUUGCACUAUCGUCUUUUCCAUUUGAUAAGUGUGUCUGUCUACGUUUACUAUUUUACUUUGAUUUUGUAUUCCUGUUGUCAGUGUGUUACAAAUUAAAGAGCAAGACUGUUGAUGCUGAUGGAAAACUCGGAGGAUUAGGUACUCCAGAGAAAGAUAAAAAUAUACUAUACAGUGGAAAUAUAAUAUACAGGUUGAGGGAAAAUACAGGUACAAUAAUUUUUUUAACUGAAAAAUAUUGUUCAGUGAGAAACACGGAGACUUAAGUCUUAAGAGAAAGCGUUGUACCAAUGGUACAGUACUUGAUUUGCAUGCCGGUAAGUUUCAUAGCACUUUAGUGCAUGUAUAUACUGCCGUUGUUCUGCCAUCACAGCAGUGUCAGUAAAUAUUACUGUAAUAUUAAUGUGGUUUAUCACGUACUGUAAUUUUAUUGUUAUUGCAUUAACUGUGAGAAAAAAGUCUUUUUGAUUAUUGUUAACAUUUCAGCUCUUUGUGUAUGAAAACUGGUAUGCACAUUCUGAGAUUAACGUGUUUAAAAAGUCUGGGGAACACCACACUGAAGUUCAAAUAAAGCCCUUAUAUUCACAAUA